AUUAAACAUUACGAUAACACGGAACACCGUGAUUAUGUUUCCAGAUCUUGAAAAUGAGUAACGUCAAGUCCAUCCUGUCUACCUGGAUAAUGAAAAUCCUCGUGGGAUUGUUAAGUCUCUUAAUAACUGUGACAGGUGAUGAAGAAGUGACUGUUGACGCUGUUCUGGGCCAGAGCGUCCUUCUGCCAUGCAACUGCUCAAGCAGAAGUUUGGUCAAGAACGUUAUGUGGCAGAUGGAAAAGCCAAACUUGAUGAUGGUGGCAAAAUACGGCAAGGAGUUUUCUAAAUUCUAUGGCAGAUAUGAUGGCAGGGCUGAAAUAUUCCAGGCUGAGAACAGUGAAAACUGUUCAGUUCUCCUAACGAACAUCCAACAGGAGGACCAGGGAAAAUAUCGAUGCAGCUUCUACAUUCGGGAGGCAUACAAAUAUAUUCUUGUGCAUCUGUGGGUUACUGAAUUUCCUCGGAUCACAGGGACAGCCUCCCCACAAACAACACAUUUGAGACCCUUUAUAGCCAUUCCCUUUGUGCUCACGGUUGGAAUUUGUUUGGUCUUGUUCUAUUGCUACUUUUCAAAGAGGCGUGCAAAGAUGAAAGGAGCUGUGACUCAUGACAGGCAGAAGCAACUGAAUACACAAGAUGAAGCCAAAAACAUGAUCAAUGUUUGAGUCCCUCUCAACAGGGAUGAGUCAUCAGACACUCCUGUGCACAAACUGUUUAUGGACGUGUUUCAUCCUUUUUUCAUGCCACUCAUUGUGGGCCUUUAAUACUGUCACUGGCACCUCUGUUCUUGGACGUUCCUCUUGCCUCAAGGACUACUUAAAUAAAGUAGCUUUUGCCAUAUCAAGUAAACAUCUACCUGGGAGGUGAAAAUCAAGUGGUUAAAGUGGUGAACUCGUGAUCAGAGGAUCCUCCGCACACUCUCACGAGCGCCACUAACUUAUAUAGCAAGCUAAAAGUGGACGCUCUCGUUUUGGCCGAACUU